UUUGAGUCAGCCACGGAGUGGUAUCCAGUUGUUAGUCCUGCUUAGAGUAGACCCAUUGAAAUGAAUGGACAUGCCUAACUUAGGUCCAUUGAUUUCAGUGGGCGUACCCUCACUAAAAUUUAGUUGGCCGCUUCUCCGUGUAUACAGGGCUUGCCUGUCAAAGGAAACGUCACACUCUGUGUAUGUUCAGAGGCACCCCGCCAGAAUUUGGUUGGCGGUGGGUGCUGUUGUCUGGAGGAAACAAAAGCCAUAAGGAGAAAAGGAACAGAUAAACGAUGCGACUGAAAACAGCAACAGUCCACGCUGCUUUUUGUGUGUGUCUGCCAACUCCACCCGGCUCCUCCCUCAAUUGUUGCCCGCCACGCGGUCGACCCGCCAGGCGGGCGGAGCCAGGAAAAGCCGAGGCUUCGGCGGGGCCUCCGUCAGGCGCGUGCGUGAACGAGGGAGCGGAGGAUGCUGGCGGCGGUGGCGCUUCUGAAGCGGGCCGCGCGGGUCGCCUUGGGGGCGGCGGCGGGGAAGGGCCCCCCACCUCAGCAGCGAGGUCUCCGCCUCUCGGCCCCACUGUGGCCAGCCAGCCGCCUCUUCGGGGAAGCCCGCAAGCAGGACCUGAGUGCCGCAACAACUCUCCCGCAACUGGUGUUAUUCAGAAGCAUCCUGCCUCCGACCGCAGAGGGAGAACAUUAGCCACUGUGGAAACGUGCAUUGUGGAGCGCUGGUGGAAGGUGCCCUUGAGCAAGGAAGGCCGCCAGCCUAGGGUGAAGCACCGCCGGUUCCGGGUCUUCUGUUUGGUGGAAGACACCAAGCACAGUCCAAAGAAACCGCUGGAACUCAUCCUCACCCAGACUGUGGAUGAUGUGGGAAGCCGUGGCGACAUCGUCCUUGUGCACAGAUCUUUCGGUCGUAACGAGCUCCUUUUCAAGAACAGAGCCGUUUACGCCUCACCCGAAAACAAGCAGAUAUUUGAGGAGGAAAACCAGUUACGCCGGGAAGGGAAACUGCCAAAACUCCAGACUCAUACUGGCGAAAAGACCGUCCGGUUUCUGCGAAAGUGUACCCUGGAAAUCGGAGUGAAUGACUGCGAUGAGUGGCAGCUGACCGAUGCGAUCGUAGCCCGCCACUUCCUCCGAAACCUCGGGGUCGUGGUGCCACCGCACACCUUAAAGCUGCCAGACGAGCCCAUCACAGAAUUGGGAGAAUAUUGGUGCGAAGUUACGGUGAACGGCCUUGACACCAUCCGGGUCCCCAUGUCAGUGGUACAGUUCUCGGAACCCAAGUCCGAAAGCUACAGGCUGUGGCUGGCCCAACCAGAGUCCGAAGAUGCUCUGGAGCACUAACUCCAGGAUGCCCUUGAAGUCCCCCGAGGAGGAUUGGCGUGGGGUGGGGGAGAGCACUCGGCAAACAGGCCAUAAAACCUAGACACCAUCCAGCUGCCUUCUCCCCAGCUUUGCAAGUCUGGAGCCUGCUGGCGAUGUCAAGUUUCGACAGGACCUGGGGGGCAAACUGGGCCUCUUGUGCCGGUAUUUGGGGUAGGCGGUAGGAGUGGUCACCGAAACAAUUGCUGUCUGGAACCCUAGAGAGACGCUGCCCUAGAGGGACACAGAAUAAAUAAAUAAAUAAAUCUCGCAUCCUAAACACAGAAGAAAAUUUUCCCAUCUCUACAACUUUCUCUUGAAUAAGAUGGCUACAUCCAAUACUGUUCCAUGAUGUUUAAUUUUUUUGGUAUCUGGCUCUGCUGGAGAGCAGCAGAACCUCGAAUCUCACGAAUAAAAAUGUUCCAGUGUCAAAAA